CACAAUAUCGUAUAAAUCGUAUAAUAUCAAAUAAUAUUUACGACUGUCGCGACGCGCGAUUAUUCUAGAAUCCUACACACAUGCACAUGACGACUGAGAACCAAGACACUUUUGUGACACUUUACGAUCGUGAUUCAUACGCGCUGUUGCCUGUUGUUGUUUUCUUUUUUUAAACAGUUUUCAGUACCAAUACGUCUCGUGCCUACUUUCGUUGUUGUGCAAAUUGUUCAUUAUAAAAUUGAAAUGAGUGUUAUCGUUGCUGAUUCGGCUGUUGCCGAUAGUAAUUAUAAUUUAAAAUGGCCACAGUUACAACAGUUUUUUGAACAACAAGGAAAGAUUGAGGAUAAAAAUAUUGAAUUUAAAUGUGUAUUAUGUAAACCUAAACAUAAAACAUUAUCCACUUCAAGUACAUCGUAUUCAAACUUGAGAGCACAUAUUAAGAGUACACAUAAAUCUAUGUUAGAUAAGUUUAAUGAUAUGGUUAAAAAAAGAUCACUUAAUCAAGAUAAACCGAGUACAUUGAAACAAUUAAAUUUACAUGAAUUUAAAAAACAAAAAACUAAGUUGUCUCAAGCUACUUUUGAUAGAGCCAACAUGGAAUUAAUAAUUAGUACGGUGUCCCCUUUUUCAUUCAUUGAACAUCCUGCAUUCCUCAAAUAUACUAAUACUGUGGCACAAAUGGUACCAGUAUCUAGAAGAACAUUGAUGAGAAAUAUUAAUUCAAGUUUUGAAGAAAUGAAAAAUUCAAUUAUCAAAAAGUUUAAUGAUUUGGAAUAUGUAUGUGUUACUGCAGAUUGCUGGACUGCAUUCAGAAGGUCUUAUAUGGGCUUUACUGCACACUGGAUUGAUCCAUUCACCUUUGAACGCAAGUCGAAUGCCAUUGCUUGUAGGCGUAUAAUUGGUAAACAUACAUAUGAUGUUCUAGCUGAUAUGAUUGAACUUGUGUUGAAUGAAUACAAAAUAAAUACAAAAGUAACCUAUAUGGUUACAGAUAAUGCAUCAAACUUUGCUAAGGCAUUCAGACUUUAUAGCACUACUGAAGAUGAAAUAGAAACUCCAGAAAAUGAUUCACUUAUAUAUUCAACGGAUAUUUUUGAAAUUUUAAGUGAAGGGGAAGAAAGACAUUUUAGGCUGCCUAAACAACUGCGCUGUGCUUCGCAUACAUUCAAUUUGCUGGCCACGAAUGAUGUGAAUAAAUUACAAAUCAAAGAUGGACCAUAUAAAACAUUAAGUAGAAGGGCUUUUGGAAAGUGUAAUGCACUUUUCAAUAAACAAAAUAAUGAAUAUUCAAACUCUUCUCCUAAACUACCAUUAAACACAUUUUCUGAAGAAAUACAAAAAUUAUAUAUUAAGUAUAAUACAAGUAUUCCCUCUAGUGCUCACGUCGAGAGACUUUUUAGUGCAGGAGGCCAAUUGUUCGAUGAAAGGCGUGGAUCUAUGUCCGAUGAUACUUUUGAAAUGUCACUUCUAAAACUGACAUCAAUUGGUGAUUUAUAA